UGCAUUCAAUCCUGCUUAUUCAUCAGGUUGAGGAAUUUAAAUAACAAAAAACACUGCAUGGUGCAUAAUGUAUAAAAGGUUCAGGGACGGGCUGCUCAUUGGACAGUCUCCCACAAGCGCAUCAAACAUGGGCAAGAUCAUCUUCUACGAGGACAGGAACUUCGGCGGUCGCUCCUAUGAGUGCAUGAGCGACUGCCCCGAGAUCAGCUCCUACCUGAGCCGCUGCAACUCCUGCAGGGUGGACAGCGGCUGCUUCAUGGUCUACGACCGUCCCAACUACAUGGGGAACCAGUACUUCCUGAGGAGGGGAGAGUACUCUGACUACUCCCGCAUGGGCAUGUUCGAGUCCAUCCGCUCCUGUCGAAUGAUCCCCAUGCACAGAGGAAACUUCAGGAUGAGGAUCUACGAGAGGGAGAACUUUGGAGGUCAGAUGAUGGAGCUGAUGGAUGACUGUGACUCCAUCAUGGACCGUUACCGCAUGUCCGACUGCCAGUCCUGCAACGUGAUGGACGGCCACUGGCUGAUGUACGAGCAGCCCCACUACAGAGGCAGGAUGAUGUACAUGAGGCCUGGGGAGUACAGGAGCUUCAGAGAUAUGGGAUACAGCAACAUGAGAUUCAUGUCCAUGAGGCGCAUCAUGGAGCCAUGCUAGAUUCGAUGCCUCAUUUGUAGGAGAUAAUGAACAACAAUCAAUAAAGUAAUUUCUAAUUUUA